GCACCCUAGCUUGUCGAUUUCGCCGUUCUUGCGGGCCGGCUUGUACCGGCGCUGCUUAUUCGGUGGUGAACCUCCUCAAAACGCAUUCUUAGCGCAAAAACAAUGAAUAAGAAAGAGGAAAAAGAUGAGCCCCAGCAGGCCGCCGAGGAGGAUUCGCGAGACGCCUGCAAGUACGGUGUCAAUUGUUAUCAAAAGAAUCCGGAACAUCACAAGAAAUACAAGCAUCCACCGCGUAACACGAAGGCUAACAAUGCAAAGGAGGCCGAUAAUAGUAAAAAACGAAAGACGCCCGAUGAGCAAGAAACGACUUCCACCGAUGAAUCAAAGACUAAAAAGCAAAAUGUAACUGCAGAUUCAGAGGAGUUACAAACUUCUCCCUCCAAAGAGGAUAAUAAUUCCGAAGAAGAAGAAGAUGCCCAAACGGAUGAGAACUCAAAGGUAGACAAAGAGUCAAAUGAAGAGAACAUUGCGAAUGAGGCAAAAAGUUCCAGUGAUGAAAAUCAGUGUGAAAUGGAAGUUACAGAGAUCGAGGAGAAGAAAGAAGAAUCUAAUUCGAUACAAAACAGCAGCCCACCAGAAACUAAAGGUAAUGAGAAAACCAAUAAACCUGAAGAAAUUCAAGAAUCAUUACCCGUAACAAAAUUACCAGAAGUAAAGGCACCUGAGAAGGAAAACACAGAAGAUAAAUCAAAAAAUGCUGAUCCCUAUAGUGAAGCAAAACUGUUGAUUUCCGAACUGUUUCUAGUCUCUAUGCCUAACGACUUUUACAAGUUUUAUGAUUUCUGCAACGAUUUGAAACCCAGUGAUCCAGCAACUGCAUUCAAGAUUGCAGAUAUUAAAUUGGUUGGUCCUUAUGAUGUACUGUGUGGUCUCAUCACUUCGAAAACACCAGGGGGUGAUGUUUUGUUGACACAUUGGCGUUACUACUAUGAUCCCCCAGAAUUUCAAACAGUAUUAAAGGGAAACGACAAGGAAGGAUUGCACUUUGGUUAUUGGAGAGAUAGGCCUAGUUCAAACCCAGUGUUUGUCGCUACAAAUUGUUCUAAUGUCAGUCAUAAAAUUAAACCUGUGGCUGAGAAUAUCUUUGGGGCAGUAGCAAAUUAUUUAGAAGAAAAAGCAAAGAAAGCAAAUCCUUUUGAAAAAACUGGUUACUUCAAUUUGCUGGGAAAACUGAAGCUGUAUGCUAAAACACACAACAUUACUUUGGAGACACAAACAGCAAAAAUGAAACAAAGGGAGAAGAAUGUGGUAGCUAGGACGAUUCAUGGUGCUGGCAUAGUUUGUCCCUACAAUAAAAAAACGCAACUUGGAUAUCGAGAAUUAUCCGUGACAGAUAACCAACUAUUAAAAAUCGUUAAGAAAAUUAAUGAUGCUGUAAACGACGAAGACCGCGAAAAGGCUCGUGCAGAACUAGGAGAAGUCGUGAGGCUGGCAACUAUUGCUGGUGAUGAAUGUGAUUUUGGUACUUGCCUUGAGUUAGGGCAUGACCUUUUAAGCACUGGUUGUGUGUAUGUGCAAAACGCGGCGUUAGCAGUAUUGAACAUAGCUUACAGUCAGUUGGAGCGUCAAGCAUUUUUGAAAAUCGUGGACGCACACAUGAAAAAUCGAAAGAAGGGAACGAACAUAGCGUUUUCUGCCACAAGAGAUUGUAGUAAACCUUUUUAAAUAAAUCAACUUUUUAACUUUAGAUAGAUUAGACUUGUUUCAAUAAGAACAUGUAUUUUAUUUAUUUAAAUAAAAAUUGAAUUUUUGUAUACAAACUUUA